AUGGACUUAACAGUUUCAACGCGUCUAACGCCAAGUCCACGUGAUUUAAGUCCAGCACUCGCUAUAGCAAUACCAAUGAUGAAAUCAGUGAACAUAGUACCAGUGCAAUGUUUUGAUAAUAUGGCCUUUCAUAAUGAGAAAUCUGACGAUCAGGAGAAACAUGCCAAUGGAAGUAAACCUAAUAGCUGCCAAGAAUUAUCUGAAAGCAAUGGCACAGUAAAAUCAAACAACUUUAGUACUGAACUUUAUAUUGACAAAAAUAUAGAAGAUAAAACUGAUGCGAGAACACCUUUAUUGAGAGACCAUAAAAUUGAAUCAUUGGAUGAAACAAAACUGAGAGAUAAUAAAGUUGAGAAAAGAAAAUCAUCCGCUUCUACCUAA